UUUGUCUCUCUCCCUUUUCAGAUGCAACAUGUAGCGCUCCACCUGAAGUUACCAAUGCUGAUAUUGUAAAUAAUAAGGAGGGAAGGUAUCUGCCUGGUGCUAGAGUGCAAUAUAAAUGUCAGGAAGGAUUUGAAAGUAUGGAAUUAAAUUAUGUAAUUUGUGAAAAUGGAGAAUGGUCCCAACCACCAAUUUGCAAAGAUAUGAGAUGUGCACCUGCACCGGAGAUUUCUGAUGGUAAGAUUCUAGGUGCUAAACAGCGAAACUAUUUCCCUGGCGAGAGGGUGCGUUAUCGAUGUACACAAGGUCUGAGCCUUAUUGGGUCUCCAACGGUAACAUGUAAGCAAGGGAAGUGGUCCCAACCACCAGAAUGCAGAGAGGCUGCUGGAAAGUGUGGGCCCCCGCCUGGUAUUGAUAAUGGAGACACCAUUGCCUUUGCACAGCCAGUAUAUGAAUCAGGUUCAAGUGUGGAAUAUAGAUGCAAAAGUUUACACGUAAUGAGGGGAUCUCCAUUUGUUCACUGCGAAUCUGGCCAAUGGACAAACCCACCAGUUUGCUUAGAGCCAUGUACAGCAUCCCCAGAAGAGAUGGAAAAAAACAAUAUUGACCUGAAAUGGAGGGAGACCACUAAAUUGUAUUCAGAAAGUGGAGAUUUUAUUGAAUUUGACUGUAAAUGGGGAUAUGAGAGGGAUCCACUGUCUUCUGGAUUUAGAGUACAGUGUGUGGAGGGGAAAUUAGCAUAUCCUAAAUGUAAGAAAAGAGGCACUUCAGGAUGAAUAAAAAGAAGCAUCAAGCAGAUAAUUUUAAGUCAGAUCUAAGGAUCAAAUCCAUUGACCAGUUAUUUGUAAUGUUCACAUAUUAUGUCCUUUGUCAGUAUUUUAGAUUAAAUUGAUAUGUAUCAGUUCAGUCCCUUUUUUUAUCAUUGGUCACAACGGUUUAAAAUAUACAAUCAUAAAAUAGUAACAACAGAUGGGCAAAUAAUUUCAAACUCAGAUCAAACUACAGAUUGUUAUGAUAUUUGGAAAAGGAAACUUUAAGGGAAAUUGUACACAUCUGCACAUCCUGAAUUACACACUUCUUGCUUCCUGAAACAGAAAGCAGCAGUAUUUCCCUCUGGCCCAAAUCAGGAACUCCAGGAAGUCUCAUUAGAAACAUUAAUCUUGACAGAUUGUUAGCCCAAUCACCACAACAGAAAGUUUCGGAUAUGCAUGGAGGCUUUUUUGAGUUCUGCCCAUCGCUGUUAGCUGUUGGUGAUCAUUCUUCCAAAUGUUUUAGUCCAUGCAACCAAAAAUUUAUCCUGUCAUCUACCACAGUUGUACAGAAAACACUGACUUCUCUGGUUGAAGUUUAAACUCAUAAUGUCUUAAUUAUUUUUCCUUUUUAAAAUUAAAUAUUUGUAUGAUUCAUUUA